AGAAAACUAUAAAAAAGUGAAAGUAAAACCUUUCGUGUUCAAGGGUUUUCUGUUGCUAUAUAUUUCUUCUUAAAAAAUCAGACUUUUAAAUCUCUCUCUAGGGUUUGUUCUUAACACUCUGAAGUUCUGAAGCAUUCAAUCGAUUCAACAAUGGAGGGUAAAGCCAAUUUAGAGGCGCAAAUAGAUCAGCUGUUGAACAGCGAGAAGCAGAUGAGAUUAGCCGCUGACGUGGCGGGCACCAAGAAGGCUGUGACCGACAUUUUGCAGCUUUGUUUUGAAGCUAAAGAUUGGAAGACCCUCAAUGAACAGAUUGUUAAUUUGUCCAAGAAACGCGGGCAAUUGAAGCAGGCUGUAACUGCAAUGGUCCAGCAAGCAAUGCAAUAUAUUGAUGAGACACCAGAUAUCGAUACUCGUAUAGAGCUCAUCAAAACACUAAAUAAUGUCUCUGCAGGGAAGAUAUAUGUUGAAAUUGAGAGGGCAAGGUUGAUUAAGAAACUUGCAAAGAUUAAGGAAGAACAGGGGCUCAUAGCUGAAGCAGCAGAUCUUAUGCAAGAAGUGGCUGUGGAAACGUUUGGUGCUAUGGCGAAAACCGAGAAAAUAGCAUUCAUUCUUGAACAAGUUCGUUUAUGCUUAGAUCGCCAGGAUUAUGUUCGUGCACAAAUUCUAUCAAGGAAGAUUAGUCCAAGAGUUUUUGAUGCUGAUCCUUCAAAAGACAAGAAAAAACCCAAAGAAGGUGACAAUAUUGUUGAAGAAGCUCCUGCUGAUAUACCAUCACUAUUGGAGCUGAAACGGAUCUAUUAUGAACUAAUGAUAAGGUAUUAUUCUCACAACAAUGAUUACCUUGAAAUUUGUCGCUGCUAUAAGGCAAUAUAUGAGAUCCCUUAUAUCAGAGAAAACCCAGACCAGUGGAUACCGGUCCUGAGGAAAAUCUGUUGGUAUUUGGUGUUAGCCCCACAUGAUCCUAUGCAGUCAAGCCUUUUGAACUCCACAUUGGAGGAUAAGAAUCUCUCUGAAAUUCCUAAUUUUAGGUUGCUUUUGAAACAGUUGGUUACAAUGGAGGUCAUCCUGUGGACAUCUCUUUGGAAUACAUAUGAGAAGGAGUUUGUUAAUGAAAAUAGCAUGCUCGGAGGACCUUUAGGUCCCAAAGCUGCAGAAGAUUUGAGACAAAGAAUAAUUGAACAUAAUAUUCUUGUUGUUUCAAAGUACUACUUGAGAAUUACCUUGACAAGACUUGCAGAGCUAUUGUGUCUCAGUAUCCAGGAUGCCGAGAAGCACCUGUCAGAUAUGGUUGUGUCCAAGGCAUUGGUAGCUAAAAUUGACAGGCCAAAGGGAAUAGUCUCUUUUAUGGUAGCCAAGGAUAGCAACGACAUUCUCAACUCAUGGGCAACAAACUUGGAGAAGCUACUUGAUCUCGUCGAGAAGAGUUGCCAUCAAAUUCACAAAGAAACUAUGGUUCACAAAGCCGCCCUCAAAGUUUGAUAAUGACGACAUCACCCUACUUUUCAGGUUUCAGUUGUGAUCACAAUCAAUGUGAAUUCAACUUCGAUUGGGUUGAUCAAACAGGCAUUUUAUCAUCAGGUUCUUUCUGGAAGUUAUUUUGUUUGUAGAAGGUUAGGGAAUAUAGAUCUCGAAUUUGUUUCCAAAAACUUAAAGAUUGUUGUACACUAUUAGUACAUACUUUUACCACUGGCUAACACAAAAACUUCAUUGGGCUUGUUUAGUAGCAGUGGAAAGAAAUUAAAUUUAUCCACUUUGGUUCA